GGGGGGGGUGUAUAUAUCCCCAGACAAUUGACACGUUAUGGGCCAACGGAAACGGCGUCGUGAACUGGUUUUGUGAUCAUCGUCAUCAUCACCAUAACCAACGACCAUCAUUGCUUUUCUUCUUCGGUAAUCCUAAGUAAUUCCUCAGAGUCUCACUGUGAAAAACACGAUUUUUGUAGCUUUUUUUGAUUUGUGGGUAUUUUGAUCUUAAAAAGAGGACGAAAAGGAGCAACAUGUUGGAGAAGAUCGGGUUGCCACCGAAGCCUUCGUUGAGAGAGAAUAAUUGGGUGGUCGAUGCCUCACACUGCCAGGGAUGUUCCGCUCAGUUCACCUUCAUCAAUCGCAAGCAUCACUGUAGAAGGUGUGGGGGCUUGUUUUGCAACAGUUGUACCCAACAAAAAAUGGUUUUACGUGGACAAGGUGGUUCACCUGUGCGUAUUUGUGAGCCUUGUAAGAAGCUAGAAGAGGCAGCACGGUUUGAGAUGCGACAUGGACGCAGAACUGGGAGAGGGAGCUUGAAAUCAACACCUAAAGAUGAAGAUGAGGUUUUGAGCCAGAUUCUUGGUCAAAAUAAAGAGGAACUCUUUUCAUCAGGAAAGCAGUCAACUAGUGACAAAGUUCCAAGCCGACAGAGAUCAGGUGGCAUGGCAUCUUCUUCAAGUACUUCCAGUUUUGAUGAUGGAGGAGACAUACAAAAAAUUCUCUCAAAUGAAAAGCCCAAUAUUUUGGGUAUUGAUUUGGGAUCCACCACUCCUGAUGAGUUACGUCAGCAAGCUUUGGAGGAAAAAAAGAAGUAUAAAAUUCUGAAAGGAGAUGGGAAAUCUGAGGAGGCAUUGAGAGCUUUUAAAAGAGGGAAGGAGCUUGAGAGGCAGGCUGAUGCUUUGGAAGUUCAAUUAAGGAAGUCUCGUAAGAAGUCUUUGCCAUCUGGAAACUCGUCAGACAUGCACAAUAGAGGUAUUCCUGUGGAGUCUGACAGGAAAACAAAGUCACUUCCUCAUGAGGAUAAAGAAAAGCAUGAUAUUACUUCUGAACUUAGAGAGCUGGGAUGGUCUGAUAUGGAUCUAAAUAAUGAAGAUAGAAAGUCAGUAAACUUGAGUUUGGAGGGUGAACUCUCAUCAAUAAUUGGAGAACUCUUUGCAAAAACAGGUGAAAAAAAGGGAAGUAGAAUUGACAAGACCCAAGUUGUUGCUCUGAAAAAAAAUGCUCUAAUGUUGAAGCGUGAGGGUAAACUUGCAGAAGCCAAAGAGGAACUGAAAAGAGCUAAAAUUUUAGAAAAGGAACUGGAAGAACAGGAACUCCUUGCUGAAGCUGAAGAUUCUGAUGAUGAGCUAUCAGCAUUAAUUCGUGGCAUGGAUGAUGAUAAAGAAAUUUCAAAUGUGUAUGAUCAUGAGAAUGGUUUUGAUUUUAAUCGUCUAUUGGCCAUUUCUGAUGAUCUUGAUGGUAAUUUUGAAGUGACAGAUGAGGAUAUGAUGGACCCUGAAUUAGCUGUUGCUUUGGAAUCAUUAGGUUGGACUGAACCUCAAAAUACAUCUUCCAUGUCUCAAACCUUUGACAAUGAAACAUUAGUUGGUGAAAUUCAGUCUCUUAAAAGAGAGGCUCUUAAUCAAAAGCGGGCAGGUAAUACUGAAGAAGCAAUGUCAUUAUUGAAAAAGGCAAAAUUAUUGGAAAGGCACUUAAACAGCUCUGGGCCUGAAGACGAUAAUACCAUCUCAAAAAAAUCAACUGCUGUAAGGAAAAGUUUGAAUUCUGAAAUUGCUAGUGAUGGAUCCAACUCCAUUCAAUUGGAUGAGAGAAAUAUGGGAAACAUUAAUGCCACUAAAAAUGUUGCUUCCACAGUGGCACCUAAAAGCAGAUUGACGAUUCAAAGAGAGCUUUUGAGUUUGAAAAAGAAGGCUCUCACAUUGAGAAGAGAAGGGAAAAUUAAUGCAGCAGAAGAAGAAAUGCGGAAGGGUGAAGCUCUUGAACGUCAGCUGAUGGAAAUGGAUAAGGCUUCAAAUCCUAAAACAUCUCGGAUGAAUACCACUGAUAAUGUCGCACAUACAGCACUCAAGCAUACUGAUAUCAAUAGCAAUCUACCACUUGAGGAUGGAAGUGAUAAUGAUGUAACGGAUCAAGAUAUGUCUGAUCCAACAUAUCUUUCACUCCUUAGGGACUUGGGUUGGAAUGAUGAAAAUAAUGAACUUGCUAAUUCUGCUAGCAAAUCUUUGAGGGAAGAUGAUAAGCAUUUUGUUCCAGUCAAUGGUACUCCUCCAACUAAACAAUCUACAAAUAUCUUGGUUGAAGCUCCAAGAAAAAGUAAAGUUGAAAUUCAGAGGGAACUCUUGGGUUUAAAGAGAAAGGCCCUUGCUCUCAGGCGUGAAGGGAAAGCCGAGGAUGCAGAUGACAUUCUUAAAAUGGCCAAAGCAUUGGAAACCCAGAUUACAGAGAUGGAAGCUGCAAAGAAUACAGCACAGGUUGUGGCUCCUAUGAUGAAAGACAAACUCAUCAAUCCUCCAGUUGAUGAAGAAAAGGACGUGGUUGUUUCAGAAGAGGAUAUGCAUGACCCAGCAUUGAAUUCAAUGCUGACUAGUCUAGGGUGGAAGGAUGAUGAAUCUGAACCUGUGACCAUAAAAGAAGCGCCAGUUAGGGAAGCUACUAAUAGGUUUACACAUACUAUGGACCUAUCUGUACAUGAUUCCUCUCUAGUCAUUCCUGCUACAGCUUCAAGGAGUAAGGGAGAGAUUCAAAGAGAACUUUUAGCAUUGAAAAGGAAGGCACUUGCUUGUAGGCGCAAGGGAGAAGGAGAAGAGGCUGAGGAAAUUUUAAGAAAGGCCAAGAUUUUGGAAGCCCAUAUAGAAGAUUUUGGAAGCCAGAAAAAGGACACACCACUAAAUGUUUCCAAGGAUGAACAAUCUGUUCUGUCUGAAUCCUGUGACUUCCAGGAAAGGCAUGGAAGUUUGGGUGUUGCUAUUGAAGUUGAUAAUGCUUCAGUCUCAUCUGUGGUUGGGUCAAGUAAGAAUAGUACCGUAACAACAUUUGAUUUAGAAAGAAUGAACGACACAAAUAUUCCUUUCUUAAGGAAGUCAGAUAAUUUAAUGCGUGCAACCUCUCAAUCUGCAGAUGAUAAACAUACAUUAUCUGCUGAGGUGAGUGAUUCAAGUGAACAUCUUUCAAAAAAGCUAAAAGCUGAAAAGACCACGGGUUACAGCUCCUCAGGUGGCCACUACAUGCACACGCUAGAUUUACUAACUGGUGAUGGUUGUAACAGUUCUGAAAUAUUGACUCAAAAACAAAAGGAAGAAAAACUUGGUUCGGCUAAUUCAUCUCUAGCUCGUCCUGCUCUUCAUUUGGACCCUUCAGUCAAUUUCAGCGAAGAUACAACUCAAAAGAGAAGAGCAGCGACUGAUACAAUUGAAAAGUCAAACAUAAGCGAGUCAAAUGCUGUUCAGAAUUAUGCUUCUCAGAGCCACCUUUCCUUGCGUCAAGAAAUUUUGGCUCACAAAAGGAAGGCAGUUACUUUGAAAAGAGAAGGGAAACUAGCAGAAGCCAAGGAGGAACUCCGACGAGCGAAGCUGUUGGAGAAGGACUUGAAAGAUGGAAGUAUGCAGCCAGACCCUGCCCCUACCAACAAUGUUUCCCAUGCAUCAAAUGUUGUGCAAAAGAAACAAGAAUCACCAAAUGUUGGUGCAAAACCAUUGUCUAGUCGCGAUCGUUUCAAAUUGCAACAGGAGUCUCUGGGGCACAAACGUCAGGCCCUAAAGCUACGGAGGGAUGGACGGAUAGAGGAAGCAGAAGCCGAGUUUGAACGAGCAAAGGCAAUUGAAACCCAGUUGGAGGAGCUGGCUAAUCAUGAUUCUAAGUUAGAUGCCGUAGAUGAUGUGACUGUUGAGGAUUUUCUCGAUCCUCAACUCUUAUCUGCACUGAAAGCUGUUGGACUUGAAGAUGUAAGUGCUGUAUCAAAAGGCACAGAAAGACAAGAGACUGUGAAAUCCAGUGCUAAAGUUGAAAACCCUAACCAAGAGAAAAUUCAGCUAGAAGAAAGAAUCAAAGAAGAAAAAUUGAAGGCAGUUAGUUUGAAACGUGCCGGAAAACAAGCUGAAGCCUUAGAUGCCCUUCGACGUGCCAAACUGUAUGAAAAGAAGCUGAAUUCAGUUCAGUAACAUCUGCGUGAUGAUGAAGUAAAUACUGCAACUUCAAGGUAGCAAGUCCUCGACCCUUGUUCAAAUUGUUAGUUACUUUUAUGUUAUUUUAAUUUGUGAACUUUUGCUACCAUUACAUGCAUGUUUGCUUUGUGUUCAUAAAUAUAUACAUGAUCAUUCGAAAGUUAACAAUUUUCAGAUGUGAUUCUAAAGAUUAAUAGAAUCAGUUUAUAUAAUUUGUUUACAUUUAGUGUUUUAAAAUUGGACACGUUGCUUUGCCGCAGAUCUAAGUUAUAGGCAGUGUUUUAGCCAUCUUCCAUUCGAUAACAAGAUAAGGUCUGAAGAUCUAUUAACUGAUUCACAACAUCGUCUAAGAGUUCGAUGCAGGAUCGAGAAAUAUGGGCCAGUUUGUUUUGAGAAACGUUUUCUGAUUUCAUUUCUUGUUUUAAUGAACAAUGAUAAAAAAUGUUGUAUUAUGUUUAUUGUUCUAUAACAAAAGGUUUAAUACAAUUUAUAUCCCCUAUGCCCACUGUGGCACCGUAUGCUUUUAUUAAGUUGAAGAAAUAAACACAUUGAACUCCUAUUCAACCAUGAAAAUAAUCUAGUCUCUGCACCAAACUUGGGGUGUUUCCUUAACAAGGAGUUUCCUCCUUCAAACAUUUACAACUUCAACAAUGCUAUUUUAACACUUGGGUAUAAACUGUUUUUUAAUUUGUACUGAGUACACAUUUUUUUCUUUAUUUUAAUUAAAUAAUGUAAAAAAGAAAAGGAGAUUUCGUGAAAUGAGGAACAAGCAACCUGCUCUUGCUGCCUGUAAAAAUGGCUCCUGUCACUUGCAAAAAUUCUAUCAAAAAUAAAAUUGCAAGAAUCAGAAAAAGAAGCAACCAAGCGUAAAGUAAGAGAGAUAUAAAAAGGGGAGCAAGUGCAUUAGGGGGAGGUUGGUUGAAAAGGAAAAAGAGAGAGAGAGAGGGAGUACCAAAGAAAAUUAAG